GUGCUCUCUUACUGGAACGUCACAAUGUUUACCCGGAAAUGAGAGCCUGCUCCAAAAGCUGCUGUCAAAAUCUAUAAUAUACCCAUUUCUAACCGUUGUUUACCUAACUAAAUGAUAUAUUACCGUAUAAUCUGACUGUAAAAUACUGACUCAGAAUGUACAGUGGACUCUUGCCCAAAGGUUUAACCGAAGACGACCUCAGUCCAGAUGACGAAGGGGAUGAUGUUGAGGAGAAGAGGGAGGUUGAGAAUUGCGAGAUGUCCGCUGAAAGGUUGAUCUCCGCCGGGGAAAACACAGGCUCAGUUCUGGAGGCACAGUCGACUCUCCCUGGCAGUGAUGCAGACAGUGAUUCCCUGACAUGCAGUAUGCCUGGUAUAUCACAGGAAAUGUGGCAAAAAUUCCAGGAUCUACGGAAAAAGAAGGAUGAAAUGAAGACAAUGAAGUUCCCCAGAAGAAGAAAAAGACAACGACUCAAGAAAGCAGGAACAGAGAGUGAGGAACCCACUGAGACAAGCAGAGAGCGUCAGGAGAAUCGGGAGAAGCACUGGGAUGAGCUUAAGCAGCAUUUUGGUGUAAAUGAUCGAUUUCAUCCCCCAGCAUGCUCCAAACCCCCUCCGCAGUCCGGCCUAGAAAAGAGCAUAGAGAGGGCCAUAGCUGAAGGGGACAUUGCAAAGGCGGAGGAGAUGAGCGACAGACUCGCCACUCGAGAGCUGGCUGUAAAAAUCGCUCAAGCCGCUGAUUGCCGUGACUUUGUGCAACGCAAACAGGAGGAGGAAGCUUUGAGGGCAGCGCAGAAAAGGAAGAACCAAAUAGCCUGGGGGUUUGAGGCUAAAAGACGAUGGGAAACCAAAAGCAACAUGGGCUUCAUGUGACGAACACGGAGGAAAAGGAAAACGACUGUUGUUGUCUUUAAGUUAAUUGGAUGAAAGUAGUGUUUUUAAUGGC